AUGCCUGAGGCACCGAAACAAGAAUCUUUAGAGGUCUUCGAUUUGACCCUUGAUGAGAAGAGCAAGAAGAAGCUUCAGUUGAUCGAGGAACUGACUUCGAACGCCGGCCAAGUCCAGAGACGGGUCUUGGAGGAGAUCUUGACCCGCAAUGCUGACGUGGAGUAUCUCAGGCGACAUGACCUCGACGGUCGUACAGACCGAGAUACUUUCAAAAACGUGAUGCCUGUUAUAACCUACGAGGAUAUUCAGCCUGAGAUCAAUAGGAUCGCUAAUGGUGAUAAAUCCCCAAUCCUCUCUUCUAAACCCAUCUCCGAGUUCCUCACCAGCUCUGGGACAUCUGGUGGGGAGAGGAAGUUAAUGCCAACGAUCGAAGAGGAGCUAGACAGGAGAUCACUUCUCUACAGUCUCUUGAUGCCUGUGAUGAGUCAGUUUGUUCCUGGUCUCGACAAAGGCAAAGGAAUGUAUUUCUUGUUCAUCAAGUCCGAAUCCAAGACACCAGGAGGCCUCCCUGCUCGUCCUGUCUUAACCAGUUACUACAAAUCUUCUCAUUUCAAAGAAAGACCCUUUGACCCUUACACCAAUUACACAAGCCCCAACGAGGCCAUCCUUUGCCCUGACUCGUACCAGAGCAUGUACUCUCAGAUGCUAUGUGGCUUAUGUCAACACCAGGAGGUUCUUCGAGUUGGCGCCGUCUUCGCCUCUGGAUUCAUCAGAGCCAUCAAGUUUCUUGAGAAACACUGGACCGAGUUGGUCCGUGACAUCAGAACCGGUACUCUAAGUUCACUCAUAACCGAUCCUUCAGUGCGGGAGGCGGUCGCCAAGAUCCUUAAACCGAACCCAAAGCUCGCGGAUUUCGUGGAAUUUGAGUGCAAGAAUUCGUCUUGGCAAGGGAUUAUCACUAGAUUAUGGCCUAACACAAAGUAUGUGGAUGUGAUUGUGACUGGGACAAUGUCUCAAUACAUUCCAACUUUGGAUUACUACAGCAAUGGCUUGCCUCUUGUCUGCACAAUGUAUGCUUCUUCCGAGUGUUACUUUGGUGUGAACCUAAGGCCACUCUGUAAACCCAGCGAGGUCUCUUACACGCUCAUACCAACCAUGGCUUAUUUCGAGUUCUUGCCUGUUCAUAGAAAAACCGGUGUUACUAACUCUAUCAACCGUCCCAAAGCACUUACUGAAAAAGAGCAACAAGAGCUUGUUGAUCUAGUUGAUGUCAAGCUUGGUCAGGAGUACGAGCUUGUCGUCACCACUUAUGCCGGGCUUUGCAGAUACAGAGUUGGUGAUUUGUUGAGAGUGACUGGAUUCAAGAACAAGGCACCUCAAUUCAGUUUCAUAUGUCGCAAGAAUGUGGUCUUGAGCAUAGAUUCUGACAAGACUGACGAGGUUGAGCUUCAGAACGCGGUAAAGAAUGCAGUGACACACCUCGUCCCGUUUGAUGCUUCACUCUCCGAAUACACGAGCUAUGCGGACACAAGUUCUAUCCCGGGUCAUUAUGUUCUGUUCUGGGAGCUAUGUUUGGAUGGAAACACGCUGAUCCCUCCUUCGGUCUUUGAGGAUUGCUGCUUAACCGUAGAAGAGUCACUCAACACUGUUUAUAGACAAGGAAGGGUUAGUGACAAGUCCAUAGGUCCGCUCGAGAUCAAGAUUGUUGAGCCAGGAACAUUUGAUAAGCUCAUGGAUUACGCAAUCAGCAUGGGAGCAUCGAUUAAUCAGUAUAAGACACCGAGAUGUGUAAAGUUUACACCGAUCAUCGAGCUAUUGAACUCAAGGGUUGUUGAUAGUUACUUCAGCCCCAAGUGUCCUAAAUGGGUCCCUGGUCACAAACAGUGGGGAAGUAACUAG